AUAAUUUCCGAUUGUUCGGUGCAUGUGGAAAGCGAUUAAACAGUUUAAAAUCAGUAAAAGCACUGAGUACAUUCAAUCUGGUAGAUACAAACAUAUUAGCUUGAAUAUGCCGGAAGCAAAGUGUGUUCUUAAGUUUGCCAAGCUGACGGAAAAUGCCUUUCCACCAACGAAAGGUUCGGCGAAAGCGGCUGGAUACGAUUUGAGAAGCGCUUAUGACUACACCGUUCCUGCCCGCGGUAAACUGCUGGUGAUGACCGACAUUCAGGUGCAGGUUCCGGAGGGAUGCUACGGCCGAGUGGCGCCUCGUUCCGGGCUAGCAGUGAAGAACUUCAUCGACGUCGGAGCCGGUGUCGUUGACGAAGAUUAUCGCGGAAAUGUCGGAGUUGUGCUGUUCAACCAUGGCGAGGCUAACUUCGAGGUCAAGAAGGGCGAUCGGAUUGCACAAUUCAUUUGCGAAAAGAUUGCUUAUCCCGAACUGGAAGAACUGCCAUCGCUUACCGACACUGAACGCGGCGCAGGCGGAUUUGGGUCCACGGGAACCAAUUAAUGAUGCGUGGCUCCGUUGCAUCCACAGCACUCUCAUUCCCUUUUUUUAUUGUUAAGUUCGAUUCUUAAGCAUUUAAGCCUACCGUUGCCCGUUCGUGUUCCUUGAAGAACUGCUCGCUGAAUAAAUUACGCCCGACUGUAAAAUAAAACGUUUUUAUUUGUCUCAUUUAUGACAGAAAUUAUCGUGUAAAUCCUACAGUAAAUGUGUUUCUCAAUCGUAGAGAAACUUGUAUGUUUUCCCCGGUACUAAGUACAUGUUCGAAAAGUGUUUUCGUCGCGUCAUCAAUAUCUACUACUCUACCCAAUUACUACUCAAACGCACUAGUGAAAAGGCACCUUCGGUCCUGUCGUUAAUAAAAUGGUUUGUUCGGUAAAAUGCUCGAAUACUUGUAAUCUUUCCUCGUGUAGCGUCUUGAUUGGUAUAAGCACGUACCGCUCUAAUGGUACGGGCGC